AGCUGCUGGCCGGCGGUCCACAGGGAGGGUGGCCGCGCGCCUCUCCGACAAGCCUGGGGGGCGGUCCAAUGACGUCGCUAGGAUACCCAAUAGACGUACCGUUUACCAACCUUGAGGUCAUCCGCGCGAUGGAGAGCUGUAGAAGCUCCAGCCAGCUUCAAGUUAUUGUUCCCUUCUGUUUCCUGGAAAGCUAUAAUACUCCAUCUCAGCAAACUCGUCGCUCAGAAGCAGAAUAUUACCGGAAACUGGAUUUCAGUAGCUCCCUUGAACACUUCAAUGGACGCGAUAUCGACCUUCAGCUUCGGCAACUUGGGCUGGCUCGCGACACAGGCUAUCCCGCUCAUCAUCUGGCCGAGGUUUAUUACCAACCUUCUCCGUCCCGAAGACUACCAGGCCGCAGGCUCUCUUGAGGACUACUUUGCCCGCUCCCUAGGAUUCGCCCUCCUCACCCUCGGCCUCCUCGUCGUAACCCUCUCUGGCGCGGUCCCCCUCGUAUCCGAGGACCAAACCCCGCCAGGGACCGUCUCGCCAUACGCCAACGCCGCCCUGUUCAUCUCCUCCAUCCACCACGCCUCCGCCGCCUUCUACUGCUACAGCAGGUAUCUGCGGACGGACCAGACGGGCUUCGUUCUAGGCUGCCUCGGCAGCACUCUCUUCGCCGUCUUCGGCCUCUGGUGUCUCAUGUUCGCCGGCGAUAAGUCGCGCCGCAGCAAGAAGCACGGCUACGACAAGGACACGAGCUCGUUUCCAUUCAAGAACGCAGGGUCGUAUCGCGCCAAGAAGAAGGGUAUGUAAGUGUUUGCGGUUCACUUUUCGUCGGCCAAGUGGAUGUCGCUAUCUCAGAGGGCUUCGGCCUACAACGUGCGUCAUGGGAUUCGGCAGCGCCUCCGGUCCAGCCCUUUCAAGAGAUGGCGGCAAUGUUAAAGUAAUGUACAAAAGUUCUUACUUCUUGUCAAAGUCAUCCCCACGCAGUAUGAAGUAAGGAGUAGGCAGCCAAUAUCAAAGUGUUUUAGGGGCGGCUGUACCGCCGCUGCUCGUCAAUUAUAGUCAACGAUG